GCGAAUUUAUCUGUGCUGCCGUUGAACCAGGCGCCGAGCGUUUCGACACGGUUUCAUAAAGUGUUCUUUAUUCGAAAACUUUUUUGUUCUUUUUUCGAAAACUUUUUUUUUAACUGAGGAGUGCAGUGUGCUAGUGCAGUGAUGAGGCCGCCCACGGAGUACGAUCCUACCAGGAUGCCCGCUGAGGCGGAGGAAAGGGAUCCCAGGGGUCCAGCUAUGAUGAUCUGCGCCAGGCUGGCCGGCCGCGCCAUCAUACGGGUCGUGGGACGCUGUGAGGAUGCCCAGGAAAACAGUCAACUGGAUCUCUCGGAAUGCCAGCUUAUGCAAGUACCUGACGCAGUCUACCACCUCAUGAGGCAUACAGAACUGAAGAGCUGUGAUCUUAGUGGAAAUGUCAUAACCAAAAUACCUCCCAAAUUCACUGUUAAAUUCAGUUUAAUAACAGACUUAAACUUGUCCAACAACCAAAUGGCCAAACUGCCCGAUGAGCUGUGCACCCUGGCUUGUCUGCAGCGGUUGGACAUCUCACACAACACAUUUGUAGCGCUACCUCACAUUGCCUGCCAGUGCCCCAGUCUACACACUUUCAUUGCUCAUCACAAUCAAAUUAUUGAAGUUGAUGUGGAUAGAAUAGCAAGAUCACGAGCCCUGGAGUAUGUCGACCUAUCUGACAACCCCAUACCGCCCAGAGCACACGAAGAACUGAAAAAACUGACACGGCCUUCCGUAUCACUCUCAGAAAGAGAGAAAGAAGACUGGGAGGAGGACUUUUACUAAGCAGAUGUAUAAGGAUCUCAUUGUAGCAUUCAGGACCAAUGUAUAGUUAGGGAC